UAUCAAUAUAUGUUUUCAUACACCGAUUAUUUAGUGUCGUUUCACUUUAAUCCACCCCAAAGGAAUUUUUGAUAAAACCUGGGUUACCCCCCCCCUCUUUUCCUGGGGCGGGUCGUAACAUUUUUGGCGUCACGGACAGGAUCCUUUGGAUAUAGUGGAGUAAUCGGUGUAGUCUAAAACUGGUACCGAGGGCGAGUCAAAUGGUGACUGUCCCCUCGCAAUAAAAUUAUAGUAAGAAUUUUUCUCCUCUCGGUGUGACCCGGGCACAUCAGACCUGUUGAAAGGUUUCCUGGUGUGGCCUGGACCUGUUGAAAGGUUCUCUGGUACCUGGACCUGUUGAAAGGUUUUCCAGGAGAGAGUCAAACCAGCCCUCAGAGGGUUAAGGGGGAGAAAGACAUUAACCUAAGCUGGGUUAAUGACUGAGGCAAAGGGGAUGAUGACACCCCAGGUUGAGUUAUAUGGGGAUUAUUCCCUCCUGAUAGCUAUCCUUGGUUUACAACUGUUUUUUGUGGGUGCUGUCUUAGGCGUGUUCCUUAGAGCAGACCAGCUAGAAAAAGAAGCUAUUCAAAAAUCUACCGGUGAGGUGAUAAGGUCUCUUCAAGAGACAAUGAAGGCAUUACAGGAGCAAUUAGGAAAAGAACGCCUGCAGUUAACUGCUGAACGUCAGGCACUGGAGAAAGAGAGAGAGAUUAACUCAUUGCUUAGGUCAGCCCUUGAAGAUGAGGAGGAACAAAAUGAAAAGCUUAAAAAAAUACUGGAAAUGAAAAAUUGUGAAUUGCGAGACAUUAAUUCAAAAUACCCUAAACCGGUAGAUGCUAACAAAUCCCUGUACCCCUCUGGGGAAUUAGAAGAGUUGAAGCAAAGUUACCCGGAGGAGGGGGUAAUACAUAUGCGUCCCCUCAUUAAAACUGAAACCACUGGCCAGGGGGCAGAUCGGCAAACUACCACACAAACUACCCCGUACACGGGGGAAGCACUGGCCAAAAUUCAGGAAAAAUACAGUCGUAAGGCCAGUGAAUCAGAGACUGAAUAUGUGUGGAGGGUGUCCCUUACUGGGGGAGAUCGGAUUUUGUUGAGUGAAGAUGAGGCCAGAGGAUUUUGGGGCCCAGGGGUCUUCCUGACCACAAAUGAUAACCGAGCUCCGUGGUCCCUGACCCAAAGAGCUGCCUACUGGGCAGGUGGGUUAGACCCUAUAGAAAGGGGAGAUCCUUACACGAUUAAAACACCCACAAUUGGCCACAUUGUAAAAAGUGUACAAAAAACCGCAUGUCUCCAGUUAAUGCAUACAAAAUUAUUAGACCCACAACGAAAUUCCCCAAUGGAACUCGAGGCAGAUCCACAGAGAUUUCCAGUUUUAAUUCGAGGCCUGCCUGAUGCACUAAAAGUUUAUGCUAAACAAUUACAGGAGCGCAUAAAGGCAACCCCCAGACCUAGAAGAAGGGGUGCUCCAUCAGGAUUAACCUGGUUGGAAAUAGCCCAAGAAUUAAUAGCUACUGGUCAGCAGCUGGGGCUCUCUGGUACGAGUGGCCAGAGAAUACACUGCAGGAGGGCAGGGAAAGUCCAAAAACCUGCCUCGCCAGGUAUUUGUCAACAAAAUGUGUCAUCUAGCGGGAGAAAGAGAUACAGUCUGUGGAGAGAAGGUGUUGCAAAAGGAAUUCCUCGAGAAGUGAUGGAUAAAUUACCCACUGCUAAUUUAGAAUACUUGAUAAAGCAGUGGGAUAAGAUCAAAGAGCACAAGGCACCUCCUAAGGGCAGCCCCUCUAAGGAGUCCAACACUGUGAUCCCCUCAGCCUCUCCAGAAACUGGACUAACCAGUUUGACCAGUUCUGAGUCAAGGAACUGGACUUACUGCUCUCCAGUAAAUAAGCCAAAAAAUAGCCAGUGGGUUUAUGAGGGAAAGCUUACAGAAAACAACCAGGGAGAUUUGGUAAUCACUUUUCCUCUCGGCCCUUUUAAAUCUUUGGUUACAUUCGUGGUAGACACGGGUGCACAAGUCUCAGCACUCCAAACUGAAGCUGCUAUUCAGUGUGGCAUUAAACCAGACAAAAAAAAGAUAUGGGUAACUGAUGCUCUUGGCAAAUCCCGACCCCAGUACACUGCUCCAAGUCUGCCUCCUUAUAAAAUAAAAAAUGUAAACCCCUACCCACUCCCUUUAGGAACACGUGAAAACAUUACCCCAGAAACUGCAGAAUUGCAGGAGCAAGGAGUAGCUGUCCCUAUACACUCACCAUGGACAGCAUGGUCUGUCCAUAAACCUAAUGGGCAGUGGCAGCUGCCAGUGAGUUACCUCGAUGCUGACACUGGCUCACAAAUAGCUGCUGUACAUAACAAAGCUGAACUGAUUGCCCAGAUUGCUGAUGUCACCACAGGGGACCAGACUCAGACAAGUACUAUCACCCACUUAGAAAGUCUGAGACUUCAGAUUCCCACAGAAAAGAAACCUACCAGCAGAGGAGAUAACCUGCCAGCAGAAGAGAUCAAACUGCAUGAAACCAAUGGAGCAUCAAUUGCAGCAAGAGGCAGAAGAGAUAACUGCCCCCACAACUGCUUCUAUUAUCAGCUUACAAGUAUCCCAUGA